AUGGCUCAGACACCAGUUCAAUCUUGCUGUGACAGCCUCGACCAACUCUACCAGGAGCAGCCCAGUUGCAUUUGCCUCUUGCUCAACGACACCAACUUGAGCUCUUUCCCAAUUAACCGCACCUUAGCCCUGGAGCUGCCUGCUCUUUGCAACCUGCAAAUUAAUAUUGCUGCCUGUUCUGGGACUCAGCCGGUGCUUUCUAGUCCUCCUGCUUCUCAAGUUUCCAUGGGAGCACCCUCCAAUUCUUCAGCUGGGAGACGCACCAACUCUUCUAUUGCCGCUUCUCCUAUGAUUGAAGGGACACCGAGAUCCUCCGUCAUGGGGUUUGGAAUUCAUCGGAGUAGUGGUGUUAAGUUGGAGGUAGACGGUUCCUUGGUGCUUCUAGUGACUCUGGCAGCCAUUUCUUUAUCGAAAACAUUUUACUGGGUCUAG